GAUAAUUUUUUUUAGUUUUAACGUUCUAUUUUGAGGAACAAUCCGGCAUAAAUUUAAACCGUCUCGUCUAAUUUGUUUUUGCGGUGAUUUAUUGAACAUUUAACGUACAAAAAAGCAAAUUUAACUCGUUUCAUUUGAUUACUUCAAACAUUUUCGCUCCACAUGAAACGAUUUUUAUUAAUUAAUUAUGACCCAACAAGAAAAAGAAUCUUCGCAAGAAGGCCUUUCUAAACACUCAAGAACUUUUUUGUUUUUAACAUCACUUAUAGUUAAUUUAUUAUCGUUUACUUGUGGGAUUAUUUUCGCUUGGACAUCACCUGUAAUUCCGAAAUUAAAACAAAAUGAUACACCUUUAGACCAUAAAAUAACGAUUGAAGAGAUAUCUUGGCUAGCGCCGUUAGUUUCGCUAGGAUCAGCUUUUGGGCCAUUUCUCGGGGGAUUUUUAGUGGAUAAAAUAGGAAGGAAAUUAUCUUUGGUGAUUUGCGCGAUUCCUUUAACUGUUACUUUUAUUUGUUUGGCUUUCUCAACGAUGAUCGAACUCUAUUAUUUAUCUAGAUUUAUUAUGGGGUUAGCAAUAGGUAUCUUUAUGACCGUUCAACCAAUGUUUAUCGGCGAAAUAACCGAAAUAACUAAUCGCGGAAUGAUCGGUUGCUUAACAGUCGCUUUUAUAACAUGCGGAAAUUUAUUUUCGUUCUCAUUAGGGCCUUAUGUUACUUUAAAAACAUUUAAUUUAAUCUCGAGUGUUUUUCCUUUAACUUUUAUCAUUUUAUUUAUCGUUUUUAUUCCCGAAUCUCCGACUUAUUUAAUUAAAAAAAAUAAAUACAACGAAGCUAAAACGGCGUUAUUAAAAUACCGAGGUGGGGAUAAAAAACUCGUCGAUGAGGAGCUUUUACAAACCAUCGAUGCUAAAUCAACCGAAAACGGGGGAAUUUCUGAAAUAUUAAAAACAAAAUCUUUAAAGAAAGGGUUAAUCGUUACCUGCGGGUUAAUGAUUGUCCAACAAUUAACUGCAAUAUCUGUGGUUUUGUUUUAUUUGCAAACUAUAUUCGACAGCUCAGGAAUAAACGUCUCCUCUGAAAUCGCAACGAUAAUAAUCGGAAUCGUUCAAAUAAUCUCAAGCGUUUCAGCUUCAUUAACCGUUGAAAAAGCUGGCCGAAAAGUACUUUUUCUCAUUUCAAUUUCAGGGACGUGCUUAACAUUAAUAACUUUGGGUUAUUAUUUCCAUUUAAAAGAAAACCACCUGGAGGUAUCCCAUCUUUCUUGGUUACCGAUUUUGGCGUUAAUGAUCUACAUUGCCACUUAUAAUUUUGGCGCGGGACCGAUUCCUUUGCCGGUUUUAAGCGAAAUUUUUCCACCUCACGUUAUGUCGGUGGCUGCCACCUUAACCAUUUGCGUUUGUUUUAGUUGCUCGUUUGUGUGUUCCAAGUUUUAUCCGUUAUUGGCGGUUCAAAUUGGAACCGCCGUUUCUUUUUGGGGGUUUGCCGCGUUGAAUGCCGUCGGAAUCGGGUUCGUUUCCGUUUGUAUGCCUGAAACGAAAGGAAAAAGUCGGAAUGAAAUUUUGGCUAUUUUAGAUAAAUAA